AUGCUCCCUCGAAGCACCUCUCUGUGCAUAGCACUCCUGGCAUGGUGCUCGAUAGUCAGAGCUUUUCCGCAAGACCCAUGUCCCAUUAGACCAAACAGCUACGAUGCCAACGUAAACUACUUUGCAAACAAUCAGGCUACAGUCAGUUAUGCCAAGUACUUUACGAUUACAUACACAAACACAUACAAGAUUGUCAAUAUUACUGCCACUAGUCCACCAACAGUCUUUGUAUUGUACUUGUGCAACAACCCUCAACCAAAUGUAACUGGUAUACCAGCUACCAACUACGUGUCAAUCCCAGUCAGAAGUGCUGCGUUUGCUGACAUGCCCAGUAUACGUUACAUUGAGCGAUUUGGUCAAGGAGGCUCAGUAACCUCUGCAACCAACUUGGACGACAUCAUCUCACCUUGUAUGCAGACAGCCGUAACCAACGGCAGUAUCCAGGCAUUACCAAGCAGUGGUGUCCCACCAGUCUCAGCAGAUAUCCUCUUUGCCGGAACGCUCUUUGCAGGAUCCAGCGCAUUGCCCCCACAAGUCCCAACACUCUACCAAAGCGAAAUCACACCAAUGGCUAGAUUCGAAUGGAUCAAACUAUUCGCUGCAUUCUACAAUCUCGAUGAUUGGACUGGUCGUCUAUUCAGUCGUGUCGCUGGUGAAUACACUUGCAUAGUAUCCGGAGUCAGUGGAUUUGUAGGUCAAACCAAUCUGCCCAUUGUCGCAUGGCUCAAGCUCGAGAAUGGGAGAUAUGUAUCUCCUGAUGAAGCAUACUCUCAGCAACUGAUAAAAGAUGCUGCUGGUAUACCUAUCGCAAUGCCGGACUCGGGAUACUUUGUAGAUCAGACUAACAUGCUAGUGGGUGUAUUAGCUGCUGAUUAUCUGUUGGACAACACGGCUGUCGGUGGAACCAAUGAUGAUUCUAGUGUGCCUAUUCAGGACGGUGUAUAUACGUUUGAGUCCUUCCAAACCAACUAUGGAAUGACCUACCAGGCUGGAAUCUCCGUCCCAUACAAGUUUUAUAAUAAUCGAGCUGUAUAUAGAGCAGAUAGAACCCGGACUCCCAAAGCUUAUGAUGCUUGGCCAUUGUGGUACCCUGCACAACCUAUAUCGAGCCUUUUAGACGUUGUGGAAAUGAUUCAUGGUCCAUAUACCAACUUGACCUUCCCAACCUACUUCAGAAACAUUUCCAGUAAUACCCAAGCAUAUGAAUUCCUGAACCCAACAUGUGACGUACCUCUAUAUAAGAUCCCAGAUCUCCCCACCACAUCCUGUGCCAUCGCACUAGCAGACGGCGACACGGUCCAACCACCACAAUUCGGAUGGGUACCAGACGCACAAUCCAUAUUCGUACCACUGCCAGGCGCCGAAACACCUGCAGCACCAAACAAUGGUUCCAAAUACGCAGAACUGAUUGCUGCAGUAGUAGUAGGUCUCUUCAUCUUCCUCCUGGUGCUAUUCGGUCUCGCAUGGUGGUGCUACAGACGUGGCAGAAACACUGGCGAAAAGCACAACUUCCAAGUUAAAAUGCCACGAGCUGUGCGUCGUCACUUGAAGGGUAAACGACCAGACAGAGAUGGUGAUGGUAGUAGAAACAAGUCAUUCUUUGGACCUAGCUCGCGUGGUAAUUUCCCUGUGCUUACUGGCGGUGCUGGACGAUGGAACAAGAUGCCUGAAGACAAGACGACUAUAUUUGAUGCCUCGCCAUGGGAUGAUUCGGUAUCUACUGCUGCUCCUGGUAUGCCAGUAAGAGUUAUUGUCGAGGGAGAUCCGAUUGUAGAUCCAUUUGAAAACACGACGACGUCUCGAUCUCGGUCAUACACUGGACGUAAUAAUAAUAGUAGUAAUAGUAAUGGUGGUAAAAAAGUGACUUCUAACGGCACCUUAUCAUACAAGUCAACCACAUUUAAGCAGCCAAGUAACGCAGACAUUGAACGGAACUUUGCACCAUCAUCUGAAGAAGACGACGAACCAGAAGAAAUCGAAAUGAGGUCACCGCCAGUUAAUCCAUGGACUGAUCGACCAAAUGAUUCAGGUGCUGAAGUUGGCACUGAUAACGAGUCUCGUCGUGGUGGAAAGAAGAGGAAUGGCAACAGUGGCAACAACAUAGGAAGUAGUGUAAAAACUUUUGGAAAGGGGAUUAUGGAUAACAUGAGGAAUCAGCAUCAGCAGAGUCUGUUGACAAAGUUUGGCAAGGAGAGAGGUGAGGGGAGUGGGUUUCUCAUUAAGGGGGAACAACUUCCGUAA